AAUAGAAACUUUCCCUUCUAACACGUUAAGUUUCUCCCUUUUUUACUCUAUAGAAGUAGUAGGUUGAGUGGAACAUUUUUCGGCCAUAAUGUUGAUUCCUAAAAAGAACCGUGUUGCGAUUUAUGAAUAUCUCUUCAAAGAAGGUGUCUUGGUAGCAAAAAAAGACUUUCAUGCUCCCAAACAUCCAGAGCUUGAAACUGUUCCAAAUCUUCAAGUCAUCAAAGCUCUUCAGUCACUAAAGUCCCGUGGAUAUGUUAAGGAGCAGUUUGCAUGGCAACAUUAUUACUGGUAUCUUACUAAUGAAGGAAUUCAGUAUCUUCGAGAUUUCCUCCACUUGCCACCAGAAAUUGUACCCUCUACUCUUAAACGCCAGCCACGACCAGAAACAGCAAGACAGAGGCCCAAAGGUCCAGCUGAACAAACCCCUCGUCCACAGGCUGAUAGAGAAAGUUAUCGCCGGGGUCCUGGAGCACCUGACAAGAAAGGAGAUGUGGGAGUUGGAGCUGAUCCCAAAAUGGAAUUUAGAGGUGGUUUCGGCCGAGGAAGGGCUCCUCAGUAAAAAUAAAAGUAAAAUGUUGUGAGACAAGCUCUGUUUAUGAAAUAAAUCUUUCUAACAAAGUA